AUGAAAUCCGUUAUUUUUUGCAUCUUCUUUGCACUUUUCCUUAACUUAGUAAGCGCGCAUUAUAAACUUUUAACACCUCCACCCAGAAGCGGUGCUGUUUCAAGUUACGGUGCUCCAUGUGGUCUCAAUUAUACUGAUGUUAAUCAAACCACCAUUAGUUCUUUUCCUGUAAAGGGUGGUAUUGUUACAGUUGACAUGCUUCAUGCUACCGCCGGUACUUUGAUCCUUUAUUUUUCUAAUGAUGAUGGAAAGACUUUUGCUCCUUUGACAGAUCCAACGAAAUAUAAUAUAACUGAUAAGCUUGGUCAAAAUUUAACAAUUCCUGUUGACUUAAGCAAAGUAAAUGCAACCGUUGGAAAGCAAGGUAUUCUUCAAUCAGUUUUCCUUGAAGGUAAUGAAACAUCUCCAUCAAAUACAACAUUAUACGAUUGUGCAGAUGUAAAUAUUGCUGCUGAAAAUACUACUGCUCCUGCUACUAAAUCAAAUGCCGGUUCUAUUAAUGCACCACGCUUUGG